CACGGGGAAGAAGGUGUUUUCUUGCAGCACUUGCAGGAAAGAGUUCAGUAAAAGUUGUAAUUUAAUGGAUCACGUGAAGAUCCACACUGGCGAAAGGCCGUACCUGUGCAACACCUGCGACAAAACCUUUCCUUAUUUAUCAUGUCUUAAACGGCACAUAACCAUGCACACGGGCGAGAAGCCCUACAUGUGCAAAACAUGUGGAAAAAGUUUCAGGCUACAUUCCCACCUGGUGAAUCACUCGAGGACCCACAUGGACGAGAAGCCCUACAUCUGCAAAACAUGUGGAAAAAGUUACAGAGAACGUUCCCACCUGGUGAUUCACUCAAGGACCCACAUCGGCGAAAGGCCGUACCUGUGCAACACCUGCGGAAAAACCUUUACUAAAUCAACACAGCUUAAACGCCACAUAACCACGCACACGGGCGAGAAGCCCUACAUCUGCAAAACAUGUGGAAAAGGUUACGCGGAACGUUCCAACCUGGUGGUUCACUCGAGGACCCACACAGGCGAAAAGCCGUACCUGUGCAACACCUGCGGCAAAACCUUUACUAAUUCAUCAGCUCUUAAAGGCCACAUAUCCACGCACACAGGUGAGAAGCCCUACAUCUGCAAAACAUGUGGAAAAAGUUACACAGAUCAUUCCAGCCUAAGGGUUCACUCGAGGACCCACACAGGCGAAAAGCCGUACCUGUGCAACACCUGCGGCAAAACCUUUAAUAAAUCAUCACAUCUUAAAGGCCACAUAUACACGCACACGGGCGAGAAGCCCUACAUCUGCAAAACAUGUGGAAAGAGUUACAUGCAAAAUUCCAGCCUGGUGAUUCACUCGAGGACCCACACCGGCGAAAAGCCGUACCUGUGCAGCACCUGUGGAAAAACCUUUACUAAUUCAACAGCUCUUAAAAGCCACAUAUCCACGCACACGGGCGAGAAGCCCUACAUCUGCAAAACAUGUGGAAAAGGUUUCGCAGAACGUUCCAAACUGGUGGUUCACUCGAGGACCCACACCGGCGAAAAGCCGUACCUGUGUAACACCUGCGGAAAAACCUUUACUGGAUCGACAACUCUUAAACGGCACAUAACCAUCCACACGGGCGAGAAGCCCUACAUCUGCAAAACAUGUGGAAAACGUUACAGGGUACAUUCCCACCUGGUGGUUCACUCGAGGACCCACACUGGCGAAAGGCCGUACUUGUGCAACACCUGUAGCAAAACCUUUACUCAAUUAUCAGAUCUUAAACGGCACAUAACCACACACACGGGCGAGAAGAGAUAUUUGUGCAAGAUGUGCAACAAAGGUUUUAGCCGCAGAAUUGAUUUGCUGAGUCACAUCAGGACCCACACGGGGAAGAAGGUGUUUUCUUGCAGAACCUGCAGGACAGAGUUCAGUAAAAGUAGUAUUUUAAUGGAUCACAUGAAGAUCCACACUUGUGAAAGGCUAUACCUGUGCAACACCUGCGGAAAAUCGUUUACUAAAUCAUCAAAUCUUAAACGCCACAUAAUCACACACAGGGGUGAGAAGCCCUACAUCUGCAAAACAUGUGGAAAAACUUACACAGAACGUUCCAACCUGGUGGUUCACUCGAGGAUCCACACUGGCGAAAGGCCGUACAUGUGCAACACCUGCGGAAAAUCGUUUACUAAAUCAUCAAAUCUUAAAAGCCACAUAACAACGCACACGGGCGAGAAGCCCUACAUCUGCAAAACAUGUGGAAAAAGUUACAGGCUACGUUCCCAGCUAGUGAUUCACUCUAGGACCCACACUGGCGAAAGGCCGUACCUGUGCAAGACCUGCAGCAAAACCUUUACUAAUUUAUCAGAUCUUAAACGCCACAUAACCAUGCACACGGUCGAGAAGCCCUACAUCUGCAAAACAUGUGGAAAGAGUUACAAGAUACGUUCCUACCUGGUGGCUCACUCGAGGAUACACACCGGUGAAAGGCCGUUCGUGUGCAACACCUGCGGAAAAACCUUUACUAAAUCAUCAAACCUUAAAAGCCACAUAACCACGCACACGGGCGAGAAGCCCUACAUCUGCAAAACAUGUGGAAAAAGUUACAGGCUACGUUCCCACCUAGUGACUCACUCGAGGAUCCACACCGGCGAAAGGCCGUACUUGUGCAACACCUGUGGAAAAACCUUUACGGGAUCAUCAGUUCUUAAACGGCACAUAACCACGCACACGGGAGAGAAGCCCUACAUCUGCAAAACAUGUGGAAAAAGUUACAGGCUACGUUCCCAACUAGUGAUUCACUCGAGGAUCCACACCGGCGAAAGGCCGUACCUGUGCAACACCUGCGGAAAAACCUUUACUGAAUCAUCACAUCUUAAACGGCACAUCAGGACCCACACGGGGAAGAAGGCGUUUUCUUGCAGCACUUGCAGGAAAGAGUUCAGUAAAAGUAGUAAUUUAAUGGAUCACAUGAAGAUCCACACUGGCAAAAGGCCGCACCUGUGCAACACCUGCGGAAAAUCGUUUAGACAAUCAUCAACGCUCAAGAACCAUAAAAUGAUCCACACUGGCGAAAGGCCAUUCGUGUGCAACACUUGCAGCAAAACCUUUACUAGAUCAUCACAUCUUAAAAGCCACAUAUACACGCACACGGGCGAGAAGCCCUACAUCUGCAAAACAUGUGGAAAAAGUUACACAGAUCAUUCCAGCCUAAGGGUUCACUCGAGGACCCACACCGGCAAAAAGCCGUACCUGUGCAACACCUGCAAUAAAACCUUUAUUACAUUAUCAAGUCUUAAAUUCCACAUAACCACGCACACGGGUGAGAAGCCCUACAUCUGCAAAACAUGUGGAAAAAGUUACAGGCUACCUUCCCACCUGGUGAUUCACUCGAGGACCCACACCGGCGAAAGGCCAUACCUGUGCAAAACCUGCAGCAAAACCUUUGCUGAUUUAUCAAAUCUUAAACGGCACAUAACCACGCACACGGGAGCCUCAGAGACUGAAGCACAGGGUGAAAGGCCGUACCUGUGCAACACCUGCGGAAAAACCUUUACUCAAUAUUCAGUUCUUAAACGGCACAUAACCACGCACACGGGCGAGAAGCUCUACAUCUGCAAAACAUGUGGAAAGAGUUACAUGCAACUUUCCACCUUGGUGGUUCACUCGAGGAUCCACACUGGAGAAAGGCCGUACCUGUGCAAGACCUGCAGCAAAACCUUUACUAAUUCAUCACAUCUUAAAAGCCACAUAUACACGCACACGGGCGAGAAGCCCUACAUCUGCAAAACAUGUGGAAAAGGUUUCACGCAACGUUCCACCCUGGUGAUUCACUCGAGGACCCACACCGGUGAAAGGCCGUACGUGUGCAACACCUGCAGCAAAACCUUUACUAUAUUAUCAGCUCUUAAGCGCCACAUAACCACGCACACGGGCGAGAAGCGAUAUUUGUGCAAGACGUGCAACAAAGGUUUUAGCCGCAGAAGUAUAUUUCUGAGUCACAUGAAAAGUCACCCGGAGGAGAAGUCUGGUGACUCGUGACAAAUGAAGCUCAUGUUGUCGUCCUCCGGGGGCAGCUGUCCACUCCUGUCUGACCCACAGAAGAAGAACCCGCAGAAGUCCAACCACCACCUCCUGUGGCUGAUGAGCCUAAUCCCCUCCCCACAAGGGUUGCAGGUUCAACCCGGAUUUAUGCUUCUCCGUCAACUUGACGCAGAGGGAACGAUGUGGUUGUGUACUUUUUUUUUAAAGU